ACGCCACGAUCAGCUGUCGGAAGGUCCCGAUUUGUGCGGGGGAGCGGCGGGCGCUCGGCAGAACCGCGCGAUCGCCACCGGCCCCGGCCCCGGCCCUACCUCAGCGCCCGCCGCCCGCACGGCAGGCCUUUGCACUGAAGCCAAGUGAAGAACCUCAGAAUUGCACUACACACCAUUUAGCUCAGCUACAAUUUUGCUAGCAGCAAAGCAUCUCCACCACCACCGAGACCUCGAGUGCUGUUUUUUCUGCUCCCUGCCCAUUGCUCCCCCCUCUGCACCUGGAAGCUGGUGCUCAGCCAUAGCUCUAAGUCACCGAUCCUCCCGCUGGACCGCUCCCCACCAUGUUUCAGCGUCUCACUAGCCUCUUCUUCAGUGACAGCAACACGCCAGAAGGCCUAGAGGAGCCCAAACCCUUUGUCGAGGAGGAGGAGGAAGAGGAUGGCUGGCUCAUAAUUGAUCUUGCAGGCAGCCGUGCCCACCCUGGCGCAGCCCAGCGAGUGGCUGCUGGUGGUACCGGGCGCCUGGUGCGAUCCCACCUGGCACCCACUGGUUCACCGCCACCACCGGCCGCUUCCCCAGCUCCAGCUGGUCCCUGCUUGAUGGACGAGAGUUGGUUUGUCACCCCUCCCCCCUGUUUUACUGCAGAGGGGCCCGGCCCCAACGGCGUGGGGAGCAGCCCCAUGGAGGACCUGCUCAUCGAGCACCCCAGCAUGUCUGUCUAUGUCACCAGCACCCUCGAGGUGGAUGGGGAGGGCCCCGAAGAUAAUGCUGCUGGGGAGGUGCCGGAGCCCCGGCUGGAGCGGCACGUGCCGCACCACAGCCGGUCCCUCGCAGUGAAGGCCGCCAUCCUGGAGAAGGUCGGGCAGGCGCGGCGGGUGCAGCGGGCCAAACAGCUGGCAGAGAAGCACUGCCUCAGCCAGAAGGCGCUGCAGCGGCAGAACCAGGCCCGCCAGCGCCCGCUGCGCCGAGCCAAGCAGCACGCCAGCACCUUCGUCCACCAGCCCUGCCAGCGCCACUGCAACUACUGACCUCACCGGGCCACCGGCAGCCGCUCCCCUGCCCGGCGGAGCGGGGCUCACCCCGGCCCCAACACCAGCUGCCCCAGGGAGCACCAGCGACGAACACUGCUGAUGCCGGGCUGCGGUUUCACUCCACACACCCCCACCGGCACGCCCGGCCCCCCGCUCCUCAGUCUUCCUCCCCACACCCUCCGUUGGUCCUCUCACCCCCGACACCGGCCGGGCCCGCAACCCCCGGCGCCGCUGCCAUGCUGGGCCACCACCCCCUGCCUCACAGCCACGCCAGCCUUUGCGCAGGAACAUCAGCAUUCCCGGUGAAAUCUCCCAUUUCCAAAACCACGGCAAAGCCUGUUUGUCCUGAUGAGCCUGUGACAUCAGUGCCUUUCUUCAUGACGUUGUGACUCCACAUGUAGCCAGACCAGGAUGUCACAAGCAGAGACAUCGAGCAGAAGUGAAAAGGGCAACGGAGCAACAAGGUUUGGGAUCUGUGGGAAAACCUCAUCCAUGACACUAAAUAAUGCUUCCUUCUCCCAAAACCAACAACUACCCCCCUCCCUCCUUGAUUUCUUGAUCCCAUUUUUGCUGUGAUAAGGCAAAUACCCCACUGCCAGUCCUGGAAGGGCUCAUCACGGGAGAGAGUGUGUGGAAACCUUGACGGCAGGGUCAGCCGGGCAGCUCGCGGUGCCUCGUGGUGUUUUUUUAAAGACAACUUUAAAAGCAAUCUCAGGAAAAAGAGCACUGUCCCUGCGCCUCGCCAGAGCCCUGGCCACCAUGCCGGGAGGAGAUGGCCAGCCAGGGGUCAGUGGUAGCAUCACUGUGACUGGUGAUCCUGCCGAGCUGCUGGCUGCCUUGCCCGAGCAAGCCCCCUCCUCCUCGAGCCACCCAUCUGCCCAAGCCACGCAUAUAUACAUAUAUAUGCAUAUGUGUAUUUCUCUAUGUACCUAUAUACUUGGAAGAGGCACCAAGAAGCCAAGAGCAUUGGCUGCCCAGCGUUUAUCCCUGGGAGGGGAGCAGAGGCAGGGACCUGCGCAGCUUCCCCGAGGUGGCAAAAGCAUGUCGAAGCUGGUGGUGAAGGGAUGCCGCGGAGGAGGCUGGAGGGAAGAGGCUGAAAUAAGGGCAAAGGUGGACUUGGGAGUGGCUGCAAAGGGACAGGACCGGACAGGGCAGGCUUGGGUAGCUGGGCCAGGUGAGAGGGUUGCUGCAGUGGAGCCAGAAUGAGAACGCCUUCUUCCCCCACUAAAAAUUGCAUCCUUUCCCAUGAAGGGCCAAAUUCUGUCGUGAGCAAUGUUGGUUUGUGAAACAAAUCCCUCCCCUCCCCAUGAUGGACUCACUCUGCCUUUUGAAGGACAUGGUCCAGACUUCUUACCAGCUCCAGCACCAGCUGAGAUGGCUCCAAACCCAGCAGAAAUGUGUUGAUCCCCCCUCCCCCCCUCCCUUUAGGGACUGGUUUAGCACCCUGUGCCCCAGGGAAGGUCUGGCUGUCAUGUCCUGCUUGUGGCCAGCUCACAGCCUGGAUUCCCACCUCUGAGACAAGAAAAAACCACACACACCCCCCAAAAUGCUGAUUUCACAGGAAUUUCUUCCAUUCACCAUGUUACAUCCCUUAAUAUCGGCUUGGGACCUAGGCUGAAGGAAUUAUGGUAAGCCCAGCCUCAGACAGUUGAUAUUUAUUAGUUUUUAAAAUGAAAUUAAAAACAAACCAAACCCUUUUAUGAGCGCCGGUCCCCAGCUCUGCCUGGGAGCCUGGGCUGCGUGGGACCCAGCUGGUUGAUGCUCACCUGCAUUAUUCAUCUUUCUCUCCAAUGAUGCAGUGUUCCCAAACGCACAGAAAGAGUGAAAAACUGAUUUCAAACAUCUCCUGCCAGCCUUUCCCUUUUGAUUCUUCCAGGCCAGUUUCUUGUUUCAAGUCCUCCUGAGACCCAGCGCCUCAUCACACACGUGAUGUGGUGCCUCCUGCCCCUCCGGGUGCCCAGUGCUCACCAGGGUGAGCGGGGCACUGGUGGCUGUGCCGGCGGAGAUGCUGGGCUGUAUCCUGCACCCACCCCACUGGUUUGUUCUGCCGCUUUUUCAGCCCUUUGGGUAAGUGUGGCGGCACCGGAGCUGUUUUUUCACAGCCAGUGGUUUAUCAGCAGAGAAAGAGCGAGCUGGGGAGCUUGGUGUUCCCCCCAUCCCUCGGCAUCGCCUGCUGCUCCCGGGCCCUUGCCACAGUCACCGUCCCUUGUGGCCGAACCUAAGACCAUGCUGGAGAUAAUCCUGUUCCACCUCUGAUGUCUUCUCGGUGAAGAGUCUGAGGACUUCUUGACUCGAGGGGAACAUUUACACCUUUUGGCUUCCUGGGCUUCACAUUAAAUGCCUUCCCGCCUCGCCCCUGAAGUGAUGCCUGCUAUGAACCGGGAACAUGGCAUUUGUAGGGAUGCUGGCACAAGCACUUGUGAAGACAAGCAGGGGCUGAGCCCGAGCUUUUGGGUGCCUGAUGGAUGUCCGAUGAGGUGGUACCUGCCCUGUGCUUCUGUCUCCUGUGUCACUGGGUGAUAUGCUCUGUGGCCACCAGGCAACAGCAUUAGAGGAAGCAUUUUCUCUCUAGCCCAAAUAUACGUCAAGAAGUGGAUGAGCCAAGCAACACCCUGCCUCUCAGCCCAUUCCCCACUGCAGAUUCUCCUCCUGUGCAUCCGAGAUGCUGCCAGUCCCUCCAGAUUGCUGCUGUCAUCAGAGCUGGCUGCGACACCGUCACCCCCUCUGGUGGCUCCCAGGGGAAGACAGGCUGUGGGGCAGCAAGGCUGGCUGGGGACCGUGUCCCCGGGGCAGAUCCUGCCACAUCUCACCUACCAGGCCAUUCUGUGCCCAAUCUGCUUGCAGAUGGUACCCCAGCAGGAGAAACCCCUUGUCAAAAUGUUCCUCCGUGUCCCACUCAUCCAUCGUGAGCCAGAAGCCCCUGGCCAUGCUGCCGGGGUGCUCAGCACAGCCGUGGCUGCUGACAGCCAGCACCCAGCACCUGUUCCAAAAGGCUGUUGCUGUUACUCCGUCCCGGGUUUCAGAGGCGAAAGCAAACUGUUUUCCUUUCUUCUUUCCGUGCCAGUCUGAGACACCUUUCAUCACACUGUGCCCACCCAGCACAGGACAUGAAGCAGAACUAUUAUCACACUUUAUAUCAAUAGUAUGUUUAUAAAGGGUUAAUAAAUUAUUAAUAAUGUUUUCAUGAAGAGGUUAAUCCUGAGUCCUAGCAUCCUGCAAGUCAACAGAGCGUGCUUACUACAGCAUAUAUGGGCUCCUGCGAUCCCCCCUCUGUUGUCUGCACACUUGCUCAUGUAUUAACAUCUAAUAAUCUCCUGUUAACUCCUGCAGAGUGACUGUCAAUCCACCAGUGUGGCCAACCCUUCUUAUGCUGUGGCAAAGGUGUGUUCAGACCGUGCUUUGCAGAAGCUCUGCAUUGCUCCUCUCCUGCCCAAGUGAGCACGAGACCUGGCCUGAUACCAAAUCUCCUGCCAGUGUUUCCAGAGCAAGAAAACCCUUUUACACUGGGGUUAUGAGUCUCCUCAAAUCUUAAAACAAAUGAAAGGUGCUUAAAAACUGAGAACUUUUUCUGUGUAUGCACAUGUGUGCAUGUGUAGAUAUUUCACAAUGCAGCGUGGGUGGUUGGUAGGUUGUUCUGGGGCAUGUGAUUUAGGUUUUUAGGGGGUUGUUGGGGGCAGGGGUGGGUUUGCACCCGCUGUUUUUCAAGUUGUGACUAGCUGUGCAACGCUCCUGAUGGGAAGGUGAAGCAAACACUGUGCUGGCUGGCAAGGAGGCCCCUGGGCUGGUGUCCUGCUCCAAUGGCUAGGAUGAGUCUUGCUUUCUUUUCUUUACUUGCCGGGGGGGGGGGGAAGGGGAACUACAAGCAUGGACUCAGGGACAGACAAAUAUGCUGAGGUCUUUAAAAACGUGUUUUUUUCUGGGCUUCUCUUUUUGGCUGUGGUGUUCGUUUCUGUCCGUGAGGCCUUUGGCUGCAUAGGGUGCUGCAGGGACAUGGCUGGAGCCGCUGGCAGCACAUGUCAGUGAGAGCAGCACAGGUGGCUGCACCUUGGAGGAGCUGCAGGGCUUGAUGCUUAGACAGAGCUCCAGUAUGGAAGAAGGAGCUGUGGCCGCUUUUGGUGAAACCAUCCCUGAGCAGCAGCUCCUCUUGGUUUGCCCACAUCCUGAAAAUUUACCGUACAGCUGCUAGAUUGCAGCUGGUCCCUCCUUGGGCUUGUUUGUGAGCAACUAGGUACAGAUUUUAAACAAUAAGCCCCAAGGAUCUGGGAAAUGGAGCUGUGCUUUCUGCAGCAGCCACAGCUGGCCUGGCUCCCACCAUAGCCCUGGGGUCAGAAGGCAGCCAGGAUAGGGAAAGCCAUCAGAGCAAUCCCAUGGAGAAAUGCUGAUGCAGGUGACAGGCAGAUUUGUGGGAGGAAGUUUUUGUAUUUCUUGCAAUGAAAGCAUAAAGAAAAAGAAAGAAAAAAAAAGGGGGGGAAAAAAUCCCAGAGGAGAGGCCUGGGCAAGCCUCUGCCCAGUAAAUGCCAGCUCUGCCUGGGCAGCUGGCAGUGCCACAGCCACCGCUGCUGGGGCUUGCGGGUGGUGAGCUGGCUCCAGCCUGGCUGCCCAGCCCCGCGCAGGAGCUGCAGCGAGGAGCGGGCACGGGUGAAACCGCCAGAGCCAGAGGUGAGGCGCUCCCAGCCAUCGGGACUGGAUCGGGAGAGGCAGCUCCCCUGGAGAAGUACACCUCUUGGGAUGAAAGCAGGAUCACGAUAGGACAUGGCUGCUCCCGCACACCCCCAGGGACCCACCUCCCAGGGCAGCUCCUGCGUGGUGUCCCCCAGCACCCCCAGCGCAGCGAGGGGCUGCUACCGAGUUGUGGAUCUUGCCUGCCCUGAGGGGAGCUGCCGGGGAGGUGGGGCAAAAGUCCUUGUCACCCCAUGCUCUGAAAGUUGCACUCACGAACACGCUUCCCAAAAAAACUCUGCUGUGAAACCUUGAUCCGGAAAGAAAAUUAUUCUUUCCAUAGGA